AUGCCUGUUGUACCUCCCAAUGGACUCAUUCUCCUCACCGGCGCCAACGGCUACAUCGCCAGCGUAACCGCCAAAGUGCUGAUCGACCGUGGCUACAAGGUCCGAGGCACCGUCCGUUCCAUCUCCAACUCCAGCUGGAUGCCGUCAUACUAUGGCCCCAACUUCACCCUUGCCGAGGUGCCCGACUUUGCUGCCGACGGUGCUUUCAACGAGGCCGUCAAGGGCGUGGAUGGCAUCAUACACAUGGGCGCCAAUGUGACCCUCCAGCCUGAUCCGACCAUUGUCGAUGCCGCCAUUCAAAGUGUGAACCAGCUGCUCGAGGCAGCAUCCAAGGAGCCAAGUGUGAAGCGCGUCGUUUUGACCUCUGCAAGGGCGGCGUGCAUCAACGAGAUCCCAGGAACACCUUACAGAAUCACGAAAGAUACGUGGAAUGAUGAAGCCAUUGAGGAGCUCAAGAAGCCAGCAGAUGCGCACUCGCCUCAAGUCCGUGGUAUGUUGGUUUAUGGUGCUGCAAAGUGCCUGGCGGAGCGCGGCGCGUGGGAAUUUGUCCGCAAGAACAAGCCGCACUUUAUCUUCAACAGCGUUCUGCCCAACGUCAACUUUGGCAAAGUCGAAGCCAUCGAGUAUCUCGGCUUCAAAGGCAGCGGCUGCUUCGUCAAUGCACUAGACAAGGGUAUACCCUUCGGGCCUGUCUUGAUCCCUCAUCAACUGUAUGUCAACGUGCAAGACACAGCUCUGUUGCAUUUAGGUGCCUUGACCCUGGAGGAUGUGCAGAACGAGCGGCUCAUGGCUAUGGCGGGGACAUUUUCCUGGAAUGAGAUUAUUGGGAUCCUCCGUCGACGGUUCCCGGAGCGCAAAAACAUGGUUGUCCCGGGCGAGGAGAAAACCCUAGAUAUCGGUGAGGUAGACAAUGGCCGUGCAGCCGAUGUGUUGCGGCAGAUGGGACAGGACGGGUUCAGAAGUCUAGAAGACACACUUGUGGAGAAUAUGGAGUGUGUCAUCGCGGCAGAUUCUCUGAAGGUAGCGAGAAAUGGCACGGAUGAUGUUAUCGAUAUGAUUUUCAAAGGAGCUGGGCAGUCAUAA